CCUGAAGCCAUUCUUCAAUAUCACGAAGAAAAAAUGUCAAAAUUAUCUUUCUUGUUAUGUCUCAUUCUUGCAACAAUUUUUGUGGUCGUUGUGAACGGCUCCGAAAGUGAGGUUGGGAUCUAUGAGCUCAAGAAAGGAGAUUUUUCAUUGAAGGUGACAAACUUUGGUGCUCGGAUAAUAUCCCUCGUUCUCCCUGACAAGAACGGAAAGCCCACAGAUGUUGUUCUUGGCUAUGAUUCUGUUAAAGAAUAUUUGGAUGAUACACAAUACUUUGGAGCUAUUGUUGGCCGGGUUGUUAAUCGGAUUGGUGGUGCUCAGUUCACUCUAAACGGAGUUCAUUAUAAGCUUGAUGCCAAUGAGAAACCAAACAUGCUUCAUGGUGGAAGAAAAGGAUUUAGCCUGCUCACUUGGAAGGUGGAGAAAUAUGUGAAAGAUAGGGCCAAUCCUUUCAUUGUAUUGUCCUAUUACAGUCCUGAUGGAGAAGAAGGAUUCCCUGGAAAUCUCCUGGUUAGAGUGACCUAUGCUCUACUUGAACCAUAUAAGCUGAGCGUAAUAAUGGAAGCGGAAGCCCUGAACAAGGCUACUCCUGUGAAUCUAGCACAACACAGUUACUGGAAUCUUGGAGGCCAUAACAGUGGUGAUGUCCUCUCGGAUACAGUCCAAAUAUUCGGCUUACACUACACGCCUGCGAACAACCAGCUCAUCCCGACUGGAGAAAUCUUACCUGUUAAAGGAACCCCGUACGAUUUCUUGAAGCCCCACAAAAUUCAAAGCCAGAUGAAAGGACUUCCGAGGGGCGGAGCUCCAUCUGGUUAUAAUGUGAAUUAUGCCCUUGAUGAAGGCAAGGACCACAAGCUGAAGCUCGCAGCAAUUGCGUACAGUAAGAAGACUGGUAUUGGGAUGAGGAUAUCAACAAGUGCUCCAGGUCUGCAGUUUUACACGGCUAAUUACUUGAACAAUGUGACAGGAAAAGGUGGAUAUGUUUAUCAGUCACAUGCAGCAUACUGUUUUGAGACUCAAGGAUUCCCUGAUGCAGUGAACCAUCCAAAUUUUCCCUCAACAAUCGUUAAUCCAGGAGAUCUUUAUGUGCACUACAUGUUGGUUGAAUUCAAAAUCAAACAAAAAUAAAAGCUCGACUAAUGUACACUGCACCCGAAGAGCAAUUGAAGCUGCCCUGAUUUGAAUCAGCAAAUAAAUGAGACACAUUUUCAUGUUAAA